GUGUGAUUUGGAUCCAACCGCCGACUCCAGUUUCCAGCUUGGAGGUGCGCCUUCCAGUGCGCAUGCGCACACAACCGCUCGCUGGUACCCUAUUUUUGUUGCCAGACAUCACCACCACCAUCCUCAUCAUCAUCAUCAUCAUCAUCACAGUUCGGAGGGAACGUGCUCUCCCACAUAGGAAACAUUUUCUUCCUCGUCGUCGUCGUCGUCGGAAGACAAAGGGGGCGGGCGGGCGGCAGCUAGGAAGCCGUAAGAUGAAGAAACGUUAUGUGGACGCGAGCAGGCUGCGAAAGAUGAAGAAGCUGAAAAUAAGCGAGAAGCUGUCGGAAAGCGCAUACACCUUCCUGAAGUUUAUGGCCAUGUGGAUGUUAGUGCUGCUGGCGGAUUUCAUCCUGGAAUUCCGGCUGGAGUACCUGUGGCCGUGCUGGCUCUUUUUUGGGAGCGUCUACACCACUUUCCACUGCCACGGGCUGGUUAUUUGUGCUGUUUUCGUUUGUGCCGCCUUCACACUUGACAUCUUUUGUUUGAUUUUUGUUCCUUUGCACUGGCUCUUCUUUGUGGCCAGCACCUACGUCGUGUUCAAUUAUAUUUGGCACACAGAGAAGGGCCUUUGCAUAUCCACCGUGUCCUUGUGGAUUCUUCUUGUGUACACCGAGGCUUCGCUUCGGCUCAAAGACCUUAAAACCUCACACGUCAACCUCUCUCAUCUCUUUGCUGCUCACUGCAUUGGAUAUCCCGUGGUAUAUAUGGGCUUUGAUGCCACCUGCUACUUCACCAACAUCUUCAAGCUGCGCAUACAGAAAGCCGUGCAGACUGACAAUGACUUCCACAUGCAACUGCUGCAGCACUCGCUCCCGCCAGGUCUGCCGCUUUACCCCAAGAUGGCGGCCGACAACGGUCACUCCAAAUGGAAGUCAAAGGCAGAGUCCAGUCAGUACCAGUGCCAUAAUGGGACCGUUCUUGCUAACGAUGACUCCAACACCGUAGACUGUCUCCAGAUUCCUAGUGAGGCCAAACUGACCGAGAAGGCCACACAGGAAGUCAGGUCACCUGACUUGAAUCGAAAGCCAUUGCUGUCCAAAAACUGCUCAGGCGAGUCCAGAGAGCUGGUCCACAGCGGGACACCGGGACCAGAAUCCUCCACAACCCCAGAGAAACUACCUCAGGAGGAGCAGGGCAGCAAAACCACACGGGCAGCUAAGAACUCCUCACCAAAGACCCGGAGAAACAGCACAGCCACGCCUUCGCCCCCUGGUGGCAGGACAGAGAGGAAACAGCGACCCAACUGGAAGACAGUCAGCCCAAACCGGGAUGGAGCGGACAAGAACGCCUCAGCGGCUCAGAAUCAGCACGCUGAGCAGCUUAGCAGGCUGGAGCAGGAAGUGAGGAAGCUGAGGGGCGAGCUGCAGGUGAGCCGACACAGCGAGCAAGAACUGCGCAGUCACGUCUGCAACCUGACUAACAGCGAGAGGAGCCUGAGGCCUGAAGUGUCCCUGCUGAGACAGUCCAACAUGCUCCUCCAAAGCAAGAUCCUGUGUUUGACCAAAACCAAGCAACGGGACAAGCAGACCAGCGCCAUGCUGGAGAAGAAGACGCGAGCCGAGACGGAGGCGAGACUGUCGCUGGAGAGGCAGCUGGUCGAGCUUCAGACGCACAAAGCGGACGAAGCGGCAAGGAGCCUGAGCAGCAGGUACCAAAGCACCACACUUUGGUAUUCCUGGCAAAUAACUGGCACUCUUACUGCUAACGGAAGACCGUACAUGAAGAACCCCCUUCCUUUCUCCAUCUCUUGCACCAGGCAGGAGAACACUGAAAGCCAAAUGUUAAGGAAAAGAGUAAAAGAUCUAGAGACAGAGUACAAACAACUACAGCUGGAGUGUCAAGUGAAAGAGAGUCGAGUGGUAGAUCUAGAGAAUGAUGUGGAGGCUUUGGGAAAGUUCCGCUGCGUGGAAAAGGACACGGACAUGCUGCUGUCCACUCUGUCCGUCCUGCAGGAGAAGGCUCAGCAUCUGGAGUACAACCUGAGCGCGGAGACGCGCAUCAAGCUGGACCUUUUCUCAGCGCUGGGAGACGCCCGCAGACAGCUGGAGAUUGCACAAGAUAAGCUGAUGAAGCAGGAGAGGGAAAUCAGCCACAUGAAGCAGAAGAUCGCCGAGGUGAUGGCCGUCAGCCCCGCCGUGUCCUACUUGGCUCCUCGGCCCGCUGUACCGCAGUAUCUCACCAAGCUGCUCACCUCGGAGCGCUACAUGCUCAACCCGAGGGCCCUCAUGUAUCAGUGUCUGAAGAAGUAGACCCCCCACGCGGUAAGAGGGAGGGGGCUUAUAACGUGGAAGCGACAUCGCCGUGUGGACCUGAAGCAGCUCCCACACGGCGACACGCCUUCUUUGCUGCACAACUGGUGCUAACCUUCGCGUCCUUUGCUACGUUUUAGUUCAUCGCUGAUGUGGACGACAUUGGAGAUAGAGAUAGCACAAUCGUUUCACAACAAAAGACAAACUAAACAUGGAUUCAUUGACAUUGAUGGAUUCAAUGCUAGUUCGGAACAAAGAGACAUUUUUACAUAUAAUCCCUGUCCAAAAAAACAUGUAUCACCACAUUUACUUGAAAAUUUGUUUUUUUUUUAAUCUUUAAACAAUUUGACCAAGAAUUACAAUUUUUUUUGUAAUUAAAACACUCAUUUUUGUGGGAUUUUUUUUUAAUAAUGUGAGAUUUAUUUAUUACUAGACACAAUAUAAAAAAAAGUAUAAGAUAACAAGAAAAAUAUAUAAUAUUCCGCCAUACGUAGAUUAGCAUGGCUGAUUUGUCUUGUAAAUGUUUCUCUUUUGAUUUCUCUUACGACUUAAUUCUCAAAAUCUUAUUUUAUUCUUAUAAUCUUAUUUUGGUUCUCCGUUGUAAAAGGUAAUAGGAUUUUUAUUCUCAGAAAUUUCCAACGUUUUUUCUCGAUAAUUUACCAUUUUGUUGUUGGGAAUUUACAACUUCUUUUCUCGUUAAUUUUUGAGAAUAAAGUAAUAUUUCAUAAUCGUAACAGGUGUAAUAAAUAUAAAAAUAAAAAUAUCAGGAUAAAUAAAUAAAUUUCUGUUUUAUUAACAGAAAUUUAUGACAUUCUUGGAAAUUUAACAGGGAAAGGUAAUUUUUUUCCCUCGUGAAUUUACACUUUUAUUGCUGUAAAUUUACAAUGUUAUUCUCAAAUGUAGAACGUUUUUUUCUCGUAGAUUUGACAGUCAUAAAAAUGGGAGAUUUUAAAGUCAUAUUUCCAACUUUUCUCAUUAAUUUACAAUUUUAUUGUCGUAAAUGUACAUUAUUAUUUUCAUAAAUGUACAACUUUUUUUCUCGUGAAUCUUUGUCAUAACAGGGAAAGAUAAUAAUGUGACUUUUUUUCCUCUGAAAUUUCCAACUUUUUUUUUGUGAAUUCACAAUGUUAUUGUUGUAAAUGUACAACUUUUUAUCGUAACUGUACGAGAUAAAAAGUUGACAAGAAUAACGUAAAUUCACGUUUAACUGUAAGUUUACUUUUAAUUUAUUUUUAAUUUGAGAAUAAAGUCAUACAUUCACGAGAAAAAACGUUGUACAUUUAUGAGAAUAACAUUGAAGAUUUUCAUUUAAUUUACUUUCCCCCCCCCACAUUUAUGAGAAUAAAGUCAUAAAUUUAACCAGAUAGAAAGUCAAAACAAGCGAUCUGGCGAUACAUGUUUUUGAAUGGGACGGCGAUGUUGUUUUUUUCACAAGCUAUUUGACACCAAGGCAGCUGAGGUCAAUGACCAAACAAAUGAAUGAAUCAUCAACAAUUUUUCAAGGUUCUUUGAGCCAAGAGGCCAAAGGACCAUUUUGUCUUCUACUUGUUAUUCCAGCUAUAGAAUACGUAUCUAAUGAUCUUCAUUCUGCAAAGUGCAGCAACUAAACGACCGAAUGAGGACAUACGGUACGUUGACGUGUGGACCAAAGGUGGUCCAGCAGCUGAAUGACUGUGCCUAAAGACAUUACUUUCAAAGUUGAUGUAAUGUGUUUUGCAAUGAAGUGCUAUGUACUGUUUUUGGAUUUUUUUUUACUCACCAUGUACAGAAUUGAUAUUGAAAACACUCCAGAGAAGUGGAAACGUUGCCAUUUUUUUGGGUAGCUUUGUUUCUAGGGUGUUUUAUAUCAAAACUAUUUUUUAGUCUUGCUGUACUUUUUAUUAUUAUUAUUAUGGUAAUACCUCUUCUGUCAUAUUUGUCAGUAUGAAAGUGUAAUGGAAGAGCACACAUUGUGACGUCAAAAAGUACGUACAAGGAGUAUACUGGGACAAGGGCUACUGUUUCUUAAAAUGUUGAUGGAGGAUGUUUUUUGUAUAAAUUACUCAAUUUUUU